CCGGAACUCCCCGGGAGCCACCAGGACCCUUCAGGAGGUGACAAUGGCGAGCGAGCGGCUGCGCAGCGCCCAGGACCUGCUGGACCUCACCUUCCAGUCGCUGGCCAUGCAGCACAUGGACCUCAAGCAGGUGGAGCUGGACACGGCCGUGGCCAAAGUGGACGAGCUGUCCCGGCAGCUCGAGUCGCUCUGGACGGACGGGCCGGGACCCCCCCCCCAAAGAGCAGAGCAGCCCCGGCAGGAGCCGCCCGGCCCGGCGCGGCUUCGCUCGCCGAGACCCCCUCCCCAUUUCCUGGGUGGGGACGAACGAGCCCCCUCCCCCCGGCCCAAGGUGCUGGCGGUGCCCGGCUCGGGGGGGGGGGGCUCGGGCAGAGCCCCCUCCCCACGGCCCCCGCGGGGGGGGGAGGGGGCGGGGGGCGCCUUCCUGGGGGAGAGACCCCCGAACCCCCCCCCGUACGAGGUGCAGGGGCUGUACCCGAGCCUGAGCCUGAGCCUGGGCGGGGCCGGCGCCGCCUUCCGGGCACUGGACGACCUCGGCAUCAAGCGGCGCCCGCAGAAAAGUUGGAACGAGUCCGACCUGGACGUGGCCUACGAGAAAAAAGCGCCCGGCCCGGGGGGCUUCGAGCGGACCCCCGAGGGACAAACGCGACCCCCGCUGGGGCUGUGGCGAGAAUCCAGCCUGGAUGGAACCAAGGACGGAAUUUUCGGCGCUCACAGCGCCACUUUGCCCCGCAAUUACAAACUGUCCCCCCUGGAACGGCGACAGGAGGGGGGAGGGGCGGCGAUUUUCCGCUCGCCACCGGGGGCCAGGACGUUGCCCCGGGGGUGGCACCCGGGCCAGCAGCCGGUGUCGCGCAUCCCGGUGCCACCCCCGGCCGGGAGACCCCCCCGGCACAAGCCCCUCCCCCUCUCCAUGAUUUUUAGGCUCCAAAACGCGUUUUGGGAGCAGGGAGGGGGAGGGGCGGGGGGUCCCAGGGGGGUUCCUCUGAUCGUGGCUCCCGCUGGGGGAGGGGCGCGGGGGUCGCCCCAGAAGGUGCCGGCGCUGCCCCCCGGACCCCCCGGAGGGGUUGGGGGGGAAGGCCGCCCCUCACCCCCGGACCCCCCCGAACCCGAGGCCGAACUGGAGCGGCUCCUGCGCAUCUCGGACCCCGAGUCCCCCCCGGAGGGACCCCCGGAGGGACCCCCGGAGGGCCCCCCCGAGCCGAGCCCGGCGCGGCCGCUCAGCCCCACGCGGCUGCAGCCGCUGCUGCCGCCCGAGGCGCGCAGGGUGCCCGAGUUCCAGGAGGUGGCCCGGGUGCUGGCCGAGAUGCCGCGGCCGCUGAAGCGCCGGGGCUCGAUGGAGCAGAGCCCCGGGCCCGCCGCGGCGCCGUCCCGGAGCCGCCAGUACCGGCAGCUCAUCACCCGCCUGCUGCACCGCGCGGGGACACCGGGGGACGCGGCUGAGGGGGUGGUGGCGCCGUCGUUGUCGCCGUCGUUGGCGUUGUCGCCUCCUCCUCCUGCCGUGGAGAGCGCGCCCGUGGUGGCACCGGUGGUGGCGGGGCAGGGGUCGGAGCUGCGCUCGGCCCUGCGGGACCCCUCGUGUCCCCGGCGCCGCCCCGGGGCGCGGGUCCGGCUGAACCCGCUGGUGCUGCUGCUGGACGCGGCCCUGACCGGCGAGCUCGACGUGGUGCAGCAGGCGGUGGCAGAGCUGAACGACCCGAGCCAGCCCAACGACGAGGGCAUCACGGCGCUGCACAACGCCAUCUGCGGCGCCAACUACGCCAUCGUGGAUUUCCUGAUCGCCAGCGGCGCCAACGUCAACUCCCCCGACAGCCACGGAUGGACCCCCCUGCACUGCGCGGCCUCGUGCAAUGACACCGCCGUGUGCGUGGCCCUGGUCCGGCACGGCGCCGCGAUCUUCGCCACCACGGGCAGCGACGGCAGCCUGGCCGUGGAGAAAUGCGACCCGUACCGGGAGGGGUACAGCGACUGCUCCAGUUACCUCACUGAGGUGGAGCAGGGCAUGGGGGUGCUGAACAGCGGCGUGGUGUACGCGCUCUGGGAUUACAGCGCCGAGUUCGGGGACGAGCUGUCGUUCCGCGAGGGGGAGCCGGUGACCGUCCUGCGCCGCGAGCCCCCCGAGGAGCUCGACUGGUGGUGGGGGUCCCUCUACGGCCACGAGGGAUACGUGCCCAGGAACUACUUCGGGCUCUUCCCGAGGGUGCGGCCCCAGAGGAAGAAAAUCUGAGGGGGGGGUCCUGGACCCCUCCCAGCCCCCUCCCCAAAUUUGGGGCUCA